AUGCUGUUUAUUGUAUCAGCGAGUCUGGAAACACAGGCGCAGACAAUCAAAGAGGAACAAAUAUGUACCGAACUGACUACGAGUGAUCUGGCCCACAUGUAUCUUCAGCAAGAUGAUUUGGAGACCAUCGAUGCCAUCAUCAAAUCGGAGUUUCCUUCAGAAGAUGCUAAGACGGAGUCCAUUCUUGACUGCGAAGAGACUGAUCCGCCAGUGGAAGAGUAUACCACACCACUUCGUAUUUCCAAAAAGAAAGGGACUCCCCCAUCAGAGGAUUCUCGAGGACUACUGUCGAACGGCGGCAAGACUGCUACCCAACCGAAUCCAGGCCCACGAGAUGCAGGCGAGCAUCUGGGCCCUUCAGCUUCAAACAAGAGAUACUACAGUGCCGCGCCCGGCACUCUUUCAGGCUAUACCAACCGCAGGCGGCAACAGACAGGUCUUCCCGGCGCUCUCAAACCAGUCGUGUAA